GUUCCUGGCAGUGGAGGUGGUCCCUCAGGUACAAGCUCAUGAUUGCGGCCAAUCGGUCGCCUAGCCUGCCGCGCGCGCGUCACCCCCAGCUUCGUGUCUACAUGAGCUUGACCACGACACAGGAUAGCGGGACUCGUCAAAUACGGGACUGCCAUCUGGCUGACAUAGCAUAUCUACGACUGCACGCGUGUGAAGGCGACCGAGAAUAUAACCAUGGAGGGCGGUCUGGACGUUGAAGCGCAUGCGGCGCAAGAGGAAGAGCCGAAGCAAGCAGGUGGGGAACCAGAGACAGAAGAGGGCAAUAAGUUCCAGAAAGCCAUUGGAGCCUGGAGGAAUAUCGAUCUUACUGCCCUCAUUCCUCAACUCGACACCGUAGCCUCAGACGUCGUCGCACACCAGAGGGACACUCUCACACAGAGGAAAGAACUGGCGCAAAAGACCAAAGACUUCAGGAAGCUAGACGAUGAAAGCAAGCUCAGCGACAUCAAAGGCCUCCUGAAGUCAUACCAAAACUUCAUUGACCUCAUAUCCAACCACUCCAAGACCGUCCAAGCCUCCUUCUUCCAAGUCUACUCACCGCUAUCAGAGGCACCCGACCCAUACCCUCUCCUCGAAGCCUCCGUCGACUCCCUUGUAACCGCCGAAGAAGUUGUCCCGAAGCUCACAUCUGAGAACGCACGGUUACAAAAGACUGUCGCAAGCUUGACAUCACAACUGGAGGAGUCAGAGAAGAAGCUCGAGGAGGAACGCACAGCCCGCAAGACCGUCGAGGACAGCCGCGACAGCAAGAUCAAGGAGAUUGAGGCUUCAUGGUCUGCAGUUCUAGACGAAAAGAAGGACAACUGGGAGGCAAAGGAGAAGAGUCUGGAAGAGAAGGUCGAGAGUCAGGAUCGACUGUUGAAAGAGCUCAAGGCCAACUACGAGGUAUCUCAGAGGCUAGGCAACGGGGACGAGAGUGCAGGGCAAAGCACCGGCGCUACAGCGGCAGAACUCGAGAUUGUCAGCUCGGAAUUGGAGAGGACAAGCCACCGCCUGGCUGAGGUCGAAGCACGCAACGAACAACUGCGCCUGGACCUUGCGCAAACUGCCUCUGCACAGGCCCAGCACGUUGCUGUGGAGGACGACCCAGCUUUCCUUCGCCUACGCUCUGAGAACUCGUCAUUGUUGCGCAAGCUUGAGAAUGCACGAUUCGAGAAAGACUCUGAGCGCACACGCCUCGAGACCGGCUCACGCAACCUAGAAAGAGAAAUCAAGUCCCUCAAGAGCGAGAAGGAUGCUUUGCGCGAAAAGGUGCAGAAGUGGAGUGACUACGAUAAUGUGAAGCAGGAGUUGGAGGUGCUCAAGUCAAUCGAGUUCGCAACAGGCGACGAUGACGACGAGGCAACUGAGAUCGCCCUCUCGCAAAACGGUGCUGCUGGCAAAGGAAAGGGCGAAACAUUAGAGCAAUUGCUGCUGGCGCGUAACAAGAAGAUCAGCAACGAGCUGACGGUCUUGCGUGUGUCUCACAACGAUUUGCAAAGCAGAUUGGAGGCCCUACAAGAAGAGCUAUCACAGGCCAACAUGGAGCUCGAGAAGUCAAGAGCGCUCAAUGAGACGUUGGAGGCUGAUCUCGAAAAAGUGCAACAAGAGGCGUCGAAUGCAUUCGAUCCCUCUGGCAUGUCAGUGGCAGGGACCUAUGUGUCCAGAUACCCACAGUCGUCCUUCGCAGGCACAAGACGUGGAAGAGCGACAUCACCUACCUCAUCUAUCAUCUCCGGGUUCGACAAUUCUUCACAAAACACCCUCGCCUCACUGCGCGCUGGUGAGCAGGUGGGCGGAGGCUCCGGUAUCCUGCCUAUGGUUACAGCGCAGCGUGACCGCUUCAAGAAGCGCAAUUCCGAGCUCGAGGCCGAGCUCCAAAAGUCACAUUCGACGAUCUCCUCACUGCGAUCUGAAAUCGGCUCGCUUCAGAAGGACAACCUCGACCUCUACGAGAAGACGCGCUAUGUGUCAUCUUACAAUGCACAUAAUAGAGGUCCCGUAACCUCUGCGUCAUCGUACGGAGCCAAUCCAAACCCAUCCACUGUUCAGAUCGGCGACAAUGCGACCGACCGGUACCGUUCCGCCUACGAGUCGAAUCUGUCACCUUUCGCUGCCUUCAGAGGCAGAGAGUCAGCUCGCGCGAUGAAGCGCAUGCACAUCUUCGAGCGCAUGGUCUUGCGCGUAACGAAGUUCGUGCUACAGACAAGAACGAGUCGGAACAUAUUCGCAGCGUAUUUGCUAGGUCUGCAUUUCAUGGUGUUCUGGAUGCUCUUCUCGACUGCCGGAACACACACAGGUAGCACGAUUGGAGUUGCUGCCGGCUCAGCAGCUGGGCCUAUCGACGUGGGACCUGGUGAUCUUUGGCACAAGGACACGGUUGAUGAUGGGACCACGUAGAUCUUGGUGUAGCUAUGUACUUUUUGC